GUCUGGGCAUUGUGGUCAUUGCUCUGAGCUGUGUGGUGACCACCGUCACAGGUCUCUCCAUGUCUGCUAUCUGCACCAAUGGAGUGGUACGAGGAGGAGGGGCGUACUACCUGAUAUCACGUAGUCUGGGACCAGAGUUUGGCGGUUCCAUUGGUCUCAUCUUCGCCUUCGCUAACGCUGUUGCCGUGGCGAUGUACGUGGUGGGCUUCGCAGAGACUGUGGUUGACCUACUCAAGGAAAACAAUGCCAUUAUGAUAGAUGAGCUGAAUGACAUCAGGAUCAUCGGCUGUAUCUCGGUUGUACUGCUGCUGGGGAUCUCAGUGGCCGGGAUGGAGUGGGAGGCCAAGGCCCAGAUCGGUUUGCUGAUCAUCCUCCUGGUAGCCAUCGUCAACGUCUUCGUAGGAACUGGCAUCCCAGCUUCCACCGACAAGAAGUCCAAAGGAUUCUUUAACUAUGACGCCAAAAUAUUUAUGGAGAACUUACCGCCGGACUUCCGAGAUGGAGAGACGUUCUUCUCUGUGUUCGCCAUCUUCUUCCCUGCUGCCACGGGUAUCCUGGCCGGAGCUAACAUCUCUGGAGACCUGAAGGAUCCCCAGGAUGCUCUCCCUAAAGGAACCCUGCUGGCCAUCCUCAUCACUGGAGUCACCUACCUGGGAGUCGCCCUCUGUGUCUCUGCCACGGUGGUGCGUGAUGCAACAGGAAACAUCAACGACACCAUUGCCACAGGGAUGGACAUGUUCUGUAACGGUACCAACACUGCUGCCUGUGAGCAGGGAUGGAACUUCUCCUCCUGUGAGGUCAGCAGCUGCAAGUUUGGCUCCAUGAACAACUUCCAGGUGAUGACCAUGGUGUCAGGGUUCGGUCCUCUCAUCACAGCGGGAACCUUCUCUGCCACCCUCUCCUCCGCCCUCGCCUCCCUCGUCAGUGCACCCAAAGUCUUCCAGGCUCUGUGUAAAGACAACAUCUACACUGCACUGAAGUUCUUCGCCAAGGGACACGGCAAGAACAACGAGCCAAUCAGAGGCUACGUUCUGACUUUCAUCAUCGCUGUCGCCUUCAUAAUCAUCGCUGAUCUGAACGUCAUUGCGCCCAUCAUCUCCAACUUCUUCCUGGCAUCGUACGCCCUCAUCAACUUCUCCUGCUUCCACGCUUCAUACGCUAAGUCCCCAGGCUGGAGGCCAGCGUACAGGUACUACAACAUGUGGUUGUCUCUGUUUGGAGCGGUGCUCUGCUGUGGUGUGAUGUUUGUCAUCAACUGGUGGGCUGCUCUCCUCACCUACGCAAUCGAGAUCUUCCUAUAUGUCUACGUCACUGUCAAGAAGCCAAAUGUGAACUGGGGCUCGUCCACUCAGGCCGUGACGUUUGUCAGCGCGGUCAACAACGCUCUGUCACUGACCGGAGUAGAGGACCAUGUUAAGAACUUCAGACCUCAGUGUAUGGUGCUGACAGGAGCACCUAAGAACAGACCGGCACUCCUGGACCUGGCUCAUUGUUUCACUAAGAACUACGGACUCUGUCUCACAUGUGAAGUCUUUGUGGGCCCCAGAACAGAGACAUUGACAGAUGUGAAUGCUGAAAUGGAAAAGAACCAGAUGUGGCUGAAUAAGAAGAAGAGAAAGGCCUUCUAUGCUGCGGUGGCAUGUGACUCCUUCAGACAGGGAACUGAGAACCUCAUGCAGGCAUCAGGUUUGGGUCGUCUGAAACCCAACAUUCUGAUGAUGGGCUUCAAGAAGGACUGGAGGACAGCAGACACAGCCGGCGUACAGAGCUAUGUAGGAGUACUGCACGAUGCAUUUGACUUUGAGUACGGAACCGUGGUACUAAGGAUGAACCAGGGACUGGACAUCUCACACAUCAUAAAGGCUCAGGAGGAGAUGGAGAGAGAAGCCCAGGAGCAGAAGGAUCUGGAGAAAGAAGAGCUGGCUGAGGAGAAUAAGGGGAAAUCCAUCUUCAGGAAGUCACGGAACUUAUCUACACAAGGCCUCACUUCCAGAGCAUCAGUGACGACCCCCCAGUCUCCCCAGGUAGUGGUGGUGAAUGAAAGGCUGGUGUCCACCAGCACUCAGUUCCAGAGGAAACAGGGCAAAGGAACCAUCGAUGUCUGGUGGAUGUUUGAUGACGGAGGUCUAACCCUACUGCUGCCCUACAUCCUGACAACCCGUAAGAAGUUCAAGGACUGUAAGAUGAGGAUCUUCAUCGCUGGCCAGCCGGGACGUGUGGAGCAGGACAGGCAUGAGAUGAAGUCUCUGCUGGAGAAGUUCAGGAUCAAAUAUGCAGACAUCCACGUCAUCGACGACAUCACCCAAAACCCCAACUCUAACAGCUGGAAGAUGUUUGAGGACAUGAUUGAGCCGUUCCGUCUUCACGAGGGGUCAAAGAGCACCACUCUGGCCGAGGCUCUGAGGAAAGACAACCCCUGGAAGAUCUCUGACGCCGAGCUGGACACCUUCGAGGAAAAGACCAACCUCCAGGUGAGGCUGAAUGAACUACUGCAGGAGAACUCUCGAGCUGCCAACCUCAUCAUAGUGAGUAUGCCCAUCGCCCGUCUAGGCUCAGUCUCUGACCACCUCUACAUGGCCUGGUUGGACAUCCUCACCAAGAACCUCCCUCCCACCAUGUUGAUCAGAGGCAACCACAAGAGCGUCCUCACCUUCUACUCAUAGACCGACCCUCUCAGCAGUCACUAGAUGGCCACAAGGGACAACCAAGGCACUUUCAUCAAUAUCCAGGAGUUAGUUGCUAUCAGUUUAAAUGAAAAGGUGAUGGUUAGAGAUAAGGUUAUGGGAAAGGUUAAAGGUUAGAAAGUGAGGUUCUUCCGUCUUGUCUAGCAUGACCAAAUAGUGACGACACAACACAGACAUAUGGACUCAGGGAUAUAUGGGCACAAGGACCGGACUCUGCCUGGGAUGGGUCAAUUACACUGCCUGGGAUGGGUCAAUUACACUGCCUGGGAUGGGUCAAUUACACUGCCAGUGCCUAUGCUGCCCCCCGUUGGAAUUGUACAUGUGGUGCAUAAUUAGGGGUCCAAACCCUGAAUCGGGCCGGAAAACUCUUAUUGUUAUAUAUAUUAGUCAUGUAACAGAUGCUCUUAUCCAGAGCAACUUACAGUUAGUGUUCUUGUUAAGGAUAUUAUUAUUCUGACAUAUUAUUAUUAUUAUUCCAAUUUUAAGAGUUCGACCUAUAGUUCGACCUACAGAGACCAAACUUGGAGGGCUGGUGUAAAUUGGUGACCCAAUACAUCUGGUAAAUCUUUGGUAUUUGACACAGAGUGGGACUGGGAUGUUAGAUAACAGACUGGUCCCAGGCUAGUUGGAGCCCCCUGCUGGCUAUGCAUCUCAACACGGUAUAAUUUUUCCUUAAAUAUACACUUGUCCACGACCCACAUAGUGGUCCUCUGUAGCACAGUUGGUAGAGCAUGGUGCUUGCAAUGCCAGGAUAGUGGGUUUGAUAUCCGGGACCAUUCAUAUGUAAAACAUUUUUGGCACGCAUGACAGUAAGUUGCUUUAGAUAUAAGUGUCUGAUAAAUGGCAUAAAUUAUAUUAUUCUAUAUUAUGAGAUUGGUGUAAGAGCAAAAGAUUGAGUCAAGACCAGAACCUGUAGUUCAUAGAUACAGACUCCUCCAUAGUUCUCAACUCUGAGGCCAGCAUGGGCUAGUACCUUCGUCUUGUACAUGCCAACCCAUGGCGGCCCAGGUUCAAAUCCCACCACUGCUGCUUUCAGAUAGACCUCCCUAGACACUGAGUCGGCGUUGUGGCUGAAUU